CUAUAUCAUCCACACGAAGCCUCAUCGAGAGCAGGCACAUCUGCAUUAACCUCACCAGGGUGCUUUCCUCCAGACCUGGUCUGUGAUUCACAAUGGAUUUCUCAAACGCACCAGCUUGGUUUAAGGAAGCCAUCCUAAACCAAUUUCUAAACGAUUCUUCUUUCAUGAACACGAGUGGUUAUAACUUCACCCACGAGGGGUUCCUCUUGCCCAUUGGCAUAAAGAUCACCAUUGCUGUGGUCUACAUGGUGGUCUGCGUGGUGGGGCUCGUGGGAAACUGCCUGGUCAUGUAUGUCAUCAUCAGGUACACAAAGAUGAAGACUGCAACUAAUAUAUACAUCUUUAACCUGGCCCUUGCAGACUUUCUGGUUCUCAUCACCUUACCUUUCCAAGGCACAGACGUUUUCCUUGGGUCCUGGCCGUUUGGUAAACUCCUCUGCAAGAUAGUGAUCGCAAUCGACUAUUAUAACAUGUUCACCAGCACCUUCACCCUCACCAUGAUGAGCGUGGAUCGGUACAUCGCCGUCUGCCAUCCAGUGAAAGCCCUGGACAUGAGAACCCCUCACAAAGCUAAAGUUGUCAACAUCUGCAUCUGGGCUUUGGCUUCUGUAAUUGGUAUACCAGCCAUGGUGAUGGGGGAUAUUGAAGAGGAUCCCUAUGGCACAGCUGUCGAGUGCGCUGUGGUCCUGCCUCAACCCUGUAGCUUCUGUGACGCUGUAUUUGGCACCUGCGUAUUCAUCUUCUCCUUCAUCAUCCCGGUCGCCAUUAUCACCGUCUGCUACACCCUGAUGGUGAAGCGCUUGAAAAGCGUGCGGGUGCUGUCCGGUUCCAAGGAGAAGGACCGCAUGCUGCGGCGCAUCACACGGAUGGUCCUCAUCGUGGUGGCGGUCUUUGUUGUCUGCUGGACUCCCAUCCAGAUCAUGGUCCUCGUCAGGGCCCUUGGCCACAAUCUGCACAACGAGCUCACAGUCUCACUCAUGCACUUCUGCAUUGCCCUGGGCUAUGUCAACAGCAGCCUCAACCCAGUCCUCUACGCCUUCCUGGACGAGAACUUCAAACGCUGCUUCAAGGAGUUCUGCUACCCGUCUUCAUUUAGGAUGGAGCUGCAGCGGUCGAGCAGAAUGAAGAGCAUUGCCAAAGAGGUUGCUUGCAACUGCAAGCAUGCAGAUGGGACUAGUAAUCCUGCAUGACUAGACGUGGAGCUGCCGUUGGUAACCACCAACCAGCAGAAAGCUGGCAACUCAAAUGCAGAGCUUACUCAAAUAACAGCCCUUUAGUGUAUGUUGUGUUUGUGCUGUAUGAUCAACUGAACAUGAAGGUGGCCUUUGAGUUGAUGUUCCUGAUUUGGAGAAAGUUAAAGAACUUUUGCCUGUGCAGCCAGAGGAAGAAAUGCUGAUAAAAAAUAAAAAAAAGAAAGAUGUCAGGAUACUUUUAAAAAGACAAAAUAUGAUAUGAUAUAUAUUAUGGCCUUAAUUGUGUCGUCUGUUAAAACUUGCCUAAACAGUGUGUUUGUUGUACAGCGAGUGGGUGUUUUUGUGUUUUUAAUGCCUAAAAAAGUGUUUUAUUGUGAAAAGUUUCGAGCAGAUAAACCCAGCAUAUGCAUAUAUUUUUGUUCUGUUUAACAAAAAAAAUAAAAA